UCUAGGACUAAAUUUAAAAUUUUCAUUCCCCCGAACCUCGAGCAGGGAAGAAAUCUCGAACCCGAGUCUCGGAACCUCUGCUUCCUUUCCCUCCACCCUUCUUCAAUCCCUUACCUUUCGGCGACGACGGCAGCAAACAGAAUCAUCUCUCUUCCCCGCCAAAGUUUCCCAAACCGAAGCCAUGUCUCCAAACCUUCUCUCCUUCGCCUCCAAAUCUCCUCACAUGAAACCCACCACUCCAUCUUUUCCUCUCCUUCUACUUAUAUACUCUGCAACUCCACCUCAUAUUCCAUUGUCUUCUCUCGGAAAGAAACAAGAUGGCUUCCGAAGAAGGCGCAGUUCUCGAUGCGCAGCAACAGCGGCAAUCCGUCGAAUGGUUCAAGUACUCAAAGAGGGUGGUUUUGAGGUCGAUCUUGUGUCGCGAAGACAAGGGGCUGGGACUGGUCGGAGAGAGAGUUGUGGUGGGGGGAUGGGUCAAAUCGCGGAAAGAAAAGGCAGAGAAGUGUCCGGCGGAGGCGCAGGACGAAACGUGGUGCGAAGCCCUCUUUUCUCGAAUGCCUCUCCUCAGAUCGAUCGCGAGGAUUUUGGUGGGAAACGAUGGAGCUUUUGUUCCGAGACCUGCUGCAGGGCCGGCUAAAAGCGAGCUGGUUGUCGCUUACUUGCGCAUCAAUGAUGGGUCUUGUGUUGCUAACCUUCAGAUAGUAGUGGACUCCUCCAUGUCUCUUCUUGGCCAAGUUAUGUCUAUUGGAACUUCUAUCCUGGCGAAAGGUGUGGUAGAGAAGAUACCAUCUCCAGGCAAAUAUGUUGUACAGCUUAAAGUAGAGAAGAUUCUACAUGUUGGGAUUGUUGAUAUCAAGAAAUACCCAUUAGCAAAGACAAGGCUAACUUUGGAAUUUAUCAGAGCUUAUCCCCACCUUCGUCCUCGUAGAACAAUGGUUGCAUCUGUCAACCGUAUCCGUAAUGUCCUAUCUUAUGCUACUCAUAUGUUCUUCCAGAACAACGGUUUCUUAUAUGUUCACAUGCCUAUCAUCACAACUACUGAUUCAAGAGUUUGUAGCAAGAUGUUCCAUGUUACAACUCUUUUCAGCAAAUCAGAUGAUAUGGAAAAGUUAAUCAAAACAAGUGAUGAUGAACACAUCAACCUUGAAGUAGUCAAGGCCGCAAUAAGGGAAAAAAGGAAUAGAAUUGACGAGCUGAAAAGAAGUGACAGCAAUAAAGAAGCUCUAAUUGAUGCGCAACGGGAUCUUCAGAAGGCUAAUGAGCUAGCUCUACAGCUGGAAAAGCAACAAAAAUCAGCCUUUGUAAAAAUUGGAGAAGUUGAUUUCUCCAAUGAUUUCUUUUCUUGUCCAGCAUAUCUCUCAUUUUCUAUGAAACUUCAUCUUGAAAGUUAUGCAUGUGCACUUAGUAGUGUUUACACAUUUGGACCAAUAUUUCAAGCAGAUGAGUCUCAGUCUCCAAGGCACUUGGCAGAAAUGUGGAUGGUCGAGGCUGAACUGGCUUUUGCGGAAUUAGAGGAUGUAAUGAACUGUGUGGAGGACUUGUUGAAGUUUAUUUGUCACUCAGUAUUGGAGAAUUGUUCUGAUGACAUGACAUUCAUGUCAAAAUAUAAAGACAAGGACUGCAUCAAUCGCCUUCAAUCAAUAGGGUCAAGUUCUUUUGCUAGAAUCACUUAUGCAGAAGCAGUGGAGGUUCUAAAUCAGGUAAAGGAUCAGACAUUUGAAACAAAAGUAGAUCAGGGUCUAUCAGAGGAGCAUGAGAGUUAUUUGGCGGAUAAGAUCUACAGAAGGCCAGUAAUUAUAUAUGAGCAUCCAAAAGAAGUCAAGCCAUUUUAUGUGCAUGUCAAAGAUGAUGGAAAAACGGCUUCCACUUUUGAUAUCAUUGCACCGAAGGCUGGAGUUUUGGUUAGAGGAAGCCAAAAGGAGGAGCGCAUUGAUAUGAUCAGUAAGAGGAUCGAGGAGCUUGGUCUACCUCAAGAACAGUAUGAUUGGUAUCUGGAUCUUCGAAGACAUGGCACUGUCAAACACUCAGGUUUCAGCCUUGGGUUUGAGAAGAUGAUUAUGUUUGCCACUGGGCUUGAUGACAUCAGAGACACAAUUCCAUUCCCCCGAACCCAUGGCUCUGCAAAUACAUAGACUAUUUGCUCACCUGAUGAUGGCACAAAGCACCGUACAGUAAUGAAUCAUGUAUUUAAUAAAAUAUUAUUGGCAUUGUAUUAUUCUCAAGAAAUUUGUUAUUAUAGUGGCCUCUUAUGAUGGAGACCGCAGUAUCCAUAUUGUUACUUACCAUUUUCUUCUGUACAAAAUGCAGAACGUUGGAUAUAAAGUAUUCUGA